AUGUCACUCUAUUCUGCCGACCUGACUCGCCCCUACUGCCCUGUGCUCGACUCCCGCCGGAUCCGCUCCAGCGGCGGCCCUGUCAUCCGCAAGUUCGGCCAAGACUUUGAGUGGAGUGAGCUGCACACAGAGAGUUCCGCGCUCGAGCCGCUGAGGCAGGUGGGCGACCCGGAGAUGGACGCACUGCUGGAGGAGCUCCAGCCGCGGCCUUCGGACGACGUCUACUCCCUGAUUGUGAGCAAGGCCGCAGAGGACUCUGAGAGCGCUGCUGCCCGCUUCCUCGCCGAGGCUGGCACCGUGCCGGAGUGGGUUGACUGGGAACUGAUCGAGAGGGGUGCGCUCACCUUCGUUCGUCUCCUUCCGCUGUGUUCAGUGGUGCUCUUCAACGCCUCGCUGGUCUUGGACGCGAGCGGCUACCUCACCGCCGAGCAGCCGCGGGCGGUGAUGCGACGCCUCUUCGAGACGGGGAGGCUGCUCAUCGACUGCUGCGCCGAGCAGGGAGCACUCCGGCCCGGCAGGGAGGGCUGGCGAUCGGCGGUUCGGGUGCGAGCGCUCCACGCGCGGGUGCGGCGGCGGCUGCUGCUGCGCGGCGCGUCAGGGGGCGAGGCGUGGGACUGCGCGCGGGACGGCGUCCCAAUCAACCAGGAGGACCAGGCCGCGACGCUGCUCGCCUUCUCGUGCCGAAUGGCCGUGACGCUGCUCGCCUUCUCGUACAACGUGCUCGCCGGCCUCGAGCUGAUCCGCGGCGGCCCCGUGCCCGAGGAGGAGGAGCGCGCCUACCUCCACCUCUGGCGGUGGGUCGGCCGCCUGCUCGGCUUGCGCGACGAGCUCAACCCCUGCCGUGCCGGCAUGCCGCUCGCAAAGGCGACGCUCGAGUCGAUCGUCCUACACCUGCUCCACCCCGACGCGCUCUCGGUCCGCGUGGCGCACCACCUGCUCCGCGCGCCCCGCUCGUCGGAUGCCGCGUUCGAGCGCUCCGCCUCGAUGACGCGCCUCCUGGCCCUCCUCGUGUUGCGCGCCUACGGCGCACUCUGCGGCUCGACCCUCUUCGGCGGCCCGCUCUGCUGGCUCCACCGCUCGCUGAUGCGCGCCGUCCAGCGGGCAGAGGGCGUCGAGACCUUCGUGAGCCUGGCGCGGCGCGUGUACAGCAUCGUGCGGGUGUGGGGGCUGUAG